CUUAGACUUUGUUAGACUUUGUUUUUUUUUCUUCUGUCGACUUCUGCCCUAGACGCGCUCUAGACAUUCUAUAAACCUUGUCGAGCUGCAAUACUGCAAUUCUUGUCCUGACUGUGCAUGAAGCAUACGCCCUCACUUCCACUUGCUUUUCUUGACUUUGCUUUGCCAGGACUGGUCCGGCACCAUGGCCCCGAUUUCCCUCUGUGAUGGCAGGAGCAGCAGCAGCAGCGCCAACAGUACACCCACGCCCACCGCACCAGAAUCCUUCCUUCCGCUGCUCGAACAAAUCAAGCAAGCCGUGCAGCAAGAAGAGAGCCCCGAGCGGACGGCCAAAUCCCACUUCCAGCUCCUGGGACUGGUGGACCAACUGCGCCUGGCGAUUGAGAGCCCGACCGAGACGCUGCUGCGGUUAAUCUACCAGCCGCCGCAGAACGCCGCCCUCCGCACCGUGAUGGACAUGAACCUGUUCCCCCUGCUCAUGGACCACCGCCCAGCAGGCCUGUCCGCGACCGCGCUGGCCGAGAAGACCGGGGCGGAGCGGGCGUUGAUCGUCCGGCUCAUGCGCGUCAUGGCCUCGUUAGGGCUGUGCAGCACCCUAACGGCCGAGCACUACGCCGCCAACGAGAAGACCGCCGCGCUGGUGCAGCCCAUUGGUCGGGACGGGGUGCCAUGCAUCUACGACCUCACCCUCCCCACCCUCAGCACCCUCCCCACCUACUUCGCGACGCACGCCUACACCACGCCCAAGGAAUACGCCCACGCGCCGAUGAAAUGGGCCGUCGGCGCCAGCCAGUUCGAGUGGCUGGCGCAGCACCAGCCGCGCCAGCAGCGCUUCAACUCGUACAUGGCGAGUCGGCGCGCGGGCAAGCCCGAGUGGUUCGACAUCUACCCGGUUCCGCGGCUCACCGACCCGUCGCUACCGGCACUGCACGACGACCCCGAGGCGGUGUUGAUCGUCGAUGUCGGCGGCAACCAAGGGCACGAUUUACGGGCGUUCCAGGCCCGGUUCCCCGACCUCCCGGGGCGGCGGGUGCUGCAGGAUUUACCCAAGGUGGUGAAUUGGGAGGUCGGGCACGGGGUGGAGGCCAUGGGGUAUAGUUUUUUGGAGGAGCAGGUUGUUAAAGCCGCACGAGCCUACUACUUCCGCGCCAUCUUCCAUGACUGGCCCGACGCCACCUGCCACCGCAUCCUACAGAACACCGUCGCCGCCAUGGACCCCGCGCACUCGCGGGUGCUGAUCGUCGAUAUGGUUCUUCCAGAUACAAAUGUGCCGCUGCUUCAGGCUUCCCUCGAUAUCCAGAUGAUGAGCAUCGGGGCGGGCGUGGAGCGCUCGGAGCGCCAGUGGCGGGAGCUGCUGGGGGCGGCCGGGCUGGAGGUGACGGGGAUUUGGAAUACGAAUCCCGGGAUGGAGUCGGUGAUUGAGGCGGUUGUGCGGCAGUGA